UAACACAGACGAUCUGUGCGGCUGCGCGGCUCUCAUGCCUGCUGUUGUAUCUGACUCCGGGAGGAUGGACGGUGUGUCGCUGGGACACUGCCUCUCAUGUCUCACCAGUCUGGUGGCCACACCGGCCUCGCCACGUCCAAACUGCAACACGGACUCAGAGGAGGACGCGGUGAAUGGAGGGAUGCACACGUUCAACCAGACGCACACGAGGAAGGCUUUCCAGCUGAUGAAUGACCUGAGGAGUAAAAAGAUGCUGUGUGACGUCCAGCUGGUGGCGGGGAGUGUUGAAGUGCCAGCUCACAGAGUGGUCCUGGCGUCCUGUAGCCCCUACUUCUGUGCCAUGUUUACAGGUGAUAUGAGUGAGAGUAAGGCCCAUCAGGUGGAGAUCAGAGAGGUGGAUGGACAGACUCUGAGGAAGCUGGUGGACUACAUCUACACAGCUGAGAUCGAGGUCACAGAGGACAACGUCCAGGUCCUGCUGCCAGCAGCGAGCCUCCUCCAGCUGAUGGAUGUUCGGCAGGUUUGUUGUGAGUUCCUGCAGUCUCAGCUUCACCCCACCAACUGUCUGGGCAUCAGAGCCUUCGCUGACCUGCACACAUGCACGCAGCUUCUCAACCAGGCCCACGCAUAUGCCGAGCAGCACUUCACUGAGGUGGUGCAGGGAGAGGAGUUUCUGGGACUUUCUCUGCAGCAGGUGUGCAGCCUCAUCUCCAGCGACAAACUCACUGUUUCAACGGAAGAGAAGGUGUUUGAGGCGAUGAUUUCUUGGAUCAAAAACGAUAAGCCAGCUCGUCUGGAGUACAUGCCCAAACUGAUGGAGCACGUCAGACUUCCACUGCUGUCCAGGGAUUACCUGGUACAGAUUGUGGAGGAAGAGGCUUUGAUAAAGAACAACAACACCUGUAAAGAUUUCCUCAUAGAAGCAAUGAAGUAUCACCUGCUGCCAGCUGACCAGCGGCACCUCAUCAAGACGGACAGGACGCGACCACGAACUCCCAUCAGCAUCCCAAAAGUGAUGAUUGUGGUGGGCGGUCAGGCUCCGAAGGCGAUCCGGAGUGUGGAGUGUUACGACUUCCAGGAAGAUCGAUGGUACCAGGUAGCCGACCUGCCUUCAAGACGCUGCCGGGCAGGUGUGGUGUCCAUGGCGGGCCGUGUGUAUGCGGUCGGGGGGUUCAACAGUUCCCUGAGGGAGCGAACGGUGGACGUGUACGACGGAGUGAGAGACCAGUGGAGUGCGGUGGCGAGCAUGCAGGAGAGACGCAGCACUCUGGGAGCUGCUGUGCUCGGGGAUUUACUGUACGCCGUGGGAGGCUUUAACGGAAGUAUAGGUUUAUCCACAGUCGAAGUGCACAAUUAUAAAACCAACGAGUGGAUAUACGUCGCCUCCAUGAACACCAGACGCAGCAGUGUGGGUGUAGGGGUGGUCAAUGGCAAGUUAUAUGCAGUAGGAGGAUAUGAUGGAGCGUCCCGUCAGUGUCUCAGCACAGUGGAAGAGUACGACCCUGUUGCUGAUCAGUGGUGCUACGUAGCUGACAUGAGCACACGGCGCAGUGGAGCAGGAGUGGGUGUGUUGAACGGUCAGCUGUACGCAGCAGGAGGACAUGAUGGUCCUCUGGUGAGGAAGAGCGUGGAAGUGUUCGACCCACAGACCAACACGUGGAGACUGGUCUGUGACAUGAACAUGUGCCGACGAAACGCAGGCGUCUGUGCCAUCAACGGGCUGCUGUACGUGAUCGGAGGAGACGACGGCUCCUGUAACCUCUCCUCCGUCGAGUUUUACAACCCGGCCACGGACAAGUGGAGCCUCAUCCCCACGAACAUGAGCAACGGACGCAGCUACGCAGGAGUCGCCGUGAUUGACAAGCCUUUAUGACCUGAGGCCUCCCGCAGCAGCAGCUCUGCGUCGGCAGCCGACUCCACCGAGCCUCACACUGACGUCUGAAGCUCCACAGGCAGCAGAGAAGUAAACGCUGUCCAAAUGGACGGGACGCCCUCAGUCCUCCCUUGACUUAAUUAAGGAGGCAACUUGAGGAGUUUUUUGGCGCUAACCGUGGUUUCGUUGCGUUGUGCGUUUCUAACUGUGAGAUCUCGACUCUUAAAGGACGCUGUUGCACUGGAUGAGAAACGCGGCAGAGUGGGCUUAUCAGAACUUUGUCUUGCUGAGUUUUUAAAAUGCCAAGCACAAAACAAAAGGCUGUAUCAGCUGACGUGAGACUCGGACGCUGGUGUCUGAGAGACUCUGACGGGCCAAACGCAGCCGAGUUUAGAUGAUGGCGCUCAUGUGACGGGCUGCAUCAAAUCUGAGAAACUAAAUACUUCAGAACAGCAGCUCGCUGUUUUCUGUGCGCCUUCAGUGUUAACGGUAUUGCUGUAGUUAUCAGGGCUCUGCAACACUGGCUCGUGAUUGGCUGUUGCAGAAGAAUUAUCCAAAGUCCUGGAAACUGAGCACGCCCGUGAGACUUAUUUUUUAAAUUAUGAGACUUGCCACAGUUCCUAGAAUAUAAAUCAGCUUACAGCAACUAUUUUUGCGAAAUUGUCUGUUUCCUGCGCCGCUCGUCAGCAGGUCCAGCUGCUGAAUGGUCGUUUGGUUCGCAAAUCAGCUGCUGAGUGUAUUUGCUCUCAACCUGGACGCCUGGACCUAGAGGGCCGCGAGACAAUUUUAAGAAUGUAGAAAACAUCUUAUAUGCAAAUCAGCUGUUAUAUUUAAUAUUUUUGAGAUUGUUUUUAAAGAGAGCCACUUUUUGUGGCUUCCAGUUGAUCUGAUUCGACGCAGCAGGACUUGAGUCGACGCACUACUGAUGCACUGAACGCUUGCACUGACAGAUGCAGACCGGCAGGCUGGCUGUCUGACUCACUGAUCGGCCGAGCCGGACGUCUGCCGUCUCUCUGACUGACCAACUGGAUGACUGACCUGCUGACAGACAGACGGCCGCUCAGCCGUCUGUCUUCGUUACUCACGGGAGAGUUUAGACUCACCACUUAAAGGCCAAUCAUUUCAUCAGAAAUUGGAAAAAAAAGAAGAAAAAAAAACGUGCCAGUUCUGCUGAUGGUAAUAAUGCUGGAGUCACAUGGUGUUUUUAUCUCUUUCUGCGCGUUCGCUGACGGAGAGCGUCAAAAUGCACUGUAGAAAUCCGACUGUAACAUUCUAAUGUUAGAGAUGCAGGUUUAAGAUUUUCUAUUUAUUGUUUUGGGACAUUUGAUUACAGCAUUAAUCAGAGUGAGGUUCUCAUUUCAUUCGCUCAGCCUCGUCGUCGUGCUUCGCUCUGCGCUCCGCUCACAUUCAUCGGACGAUGAUGCUGGCUGUAUUUUAGCUGUGCUUAUUUAGCUGGUGCCAUAGCUUUGGAAAGACAGAGAUUUAUAGGAGCUGCUUCAUGAACCGAGUUCUCCGCCGAACUUUUCAUUUCUGCCUGCAACCUUCCAGAAAUCGUGGACGCUAUCGACAGUUUUCACAGCCUCGUGACAAAAAGUGAAACACUAACACAAACUGUUUUUUUGGAUGUUUAGUCAAAUUUGCAAAUCGUGUACUUCUUUAGUCGCACCUCAUAUAGACUGAAGAAAGUGUUUUUCUUGUCUUCCAGGAAGCUCGUUUCAGUUUAUGUGAUCACAGUUUAAAAUGACUUCAUUUGCGAACAACAUGCUGAAAUUAUCUCUGUGAAUAUUUUGUUUUUUAAGGAAGUUUCCUCGCUCGCUUUUCCUCAUUAACAGACGGGAUCUGAAACUCACACUUUUAGUUCGUGCAACAGCAAUAUUUUGACAACAUUUAUUAUUUAAAACAGAAAAACCUCUUCACUGAGUGCUCCAAAAUACUCAGAGUAAAAGAGUAUUUAGCCAUUUAUUUCUGAGUUUCACUUUAUUGUGCAGCUCUAAUUAGAUCUUCUUUAUCGACUCAGAUUUCAAGUCCUGCUGUGUUUGAAACUCCUACAUUAGACAUUAGGCUUUAUAGUAACUAAUAACUCAUUUUCUGACACUUAACAGUCAUCGUCGCUCAUGAUGAAGACGUGUUGAAUGAAAGGUGAAAUUUUUCCUCUUUUUUUUAUAAGACGAACACUACCUUUUUGUUCCUUUGUGGGAUUUUUUGAGAGCACUACAUAGAGCAUAAAAUGCUCCCUGAGAAUCUGAUACUUAAAGUGACGGAAGAGAAAACAAACCCCAAUCGCCAGAGUAGAUGUUGGCAUGUACGUUUUAGCAAACCAUGGAUGAGUUUCAUUUUCUAUCAUGCAGCAGAUAUGUUGAAACUUUAUUUCUUUACAGUUCUGUGUUUGAACUUUGCUGCGGUUAAACUGUGAUUAAAUUAAGGCACAAAAACAAACAUCACGUUUGGGCCUAAAACACCCACAUUUGGUGGAAACAUGAUGAUGAUUCGCAAAAAGACAUCAGCUUGUUUUUGUUUGUUGCUUUGAAAACUUGUCUGUCGCUUUGCAGGUUUUCGCCUCACACCCUUUUCCCGAAAAUUAACCCCUAAUCCAUCUCGCUGCGCUGUCACACCGUCCGCCAUCGCCUCCACCUCCUGAUGACAGAGUGAGCUCAUACUCUGCUUCAUUAUAGAAAUAUUGGAAAAACGAUGAAGGAAAGUGCUUACAGUUUGCUGCCAUAGUACAAAUGUAACGUGUCUUUGGUUUGCAGAAAUGUAAAAUGCCAACAUUUUCUUCGGUCGACCGGGCUGAAACGAUAAACGUACUGAAGGCUGAUUUCAGGCACAGCAGACGAUGUUUAAGCUUCCUAUCCGCAUCUGAACCUGCGAUUUUCUUCAAAAAGUAAAGAAUGGAAACCCGUAGCUGCCUGGACUGCAGGGAAAAUGCAUUUUUCAGUCUAAAAACACUUUUAUACUGUAGACAAUAAUCAACAUGAAGUUCUAACUAUAUGCAAUCUGAUCUGACGUAGACGGACUGACACAAACAAACACCAGGAGGGUCGAGAUUCAGCGUUCAUUCUUGACAUGGAAACAGGAAUUGAUAAAAACGAUUUCUCUAAAGGUCGAUUUAGUAACUGUUCUGGAGCUUUUCACCGAAUCGAAUCGAAUAGUUAUUGUGAAGAUAUUAAAACGACUCUAAGAAACUUUUUCAGGGCUCCUGAUCCGUGCUGACUCGGCCCAAAGCUAAAGAGCAGCUACUAAAUUUACCUUGAAGAAACUUUCUUUUUUGUUUUUUGGUUACAAAGUAUGUACGUUUUCAGAGGAAUAAUGUUCUUACUAAGCGCAGAUGUUCUAUUUUUAAUAUAAACUGUGGAAGUUGUGAACUAAA